AUUGUUUGACCCCUGAGGGGUGUCCCGCUGCAGCAAAGGAGGGCUGGAUUGGCUGAUUCAAGCGCGGCCCAUAACAGAUCAGAUUUCACUCCGUCUGCACAGCAUGAAACUCAGACUGAAAUAGCUGCCGCAUGCUGACCUACAGCAAGAUGUAGUUGAAGGUACGGUUGCUGUUCCUUUGGAAAUAAACAUGAGUAGUAGCAGAGCUGUGGCUGACACACUGUUGCACAUUUAAGAUUGUGCACUGAACUCCAGCCAGGCAUAUUUCUUUCUUUCCUUUUUUAAAAGUAAUAUACAGGCUUUUUUGUCACUGAAUUUACUCUGUGAUAUCUGCAAUUUGGGUUCUGUGACUGUUCCAAAGGAGGGCAGCAGAGAGCCUUAGUUAUGUGCAAAAUACCACGUGACAGUUGAGGCCUAAAAGCCCAGGGCACGAGUGCUUACACAAAAUUGUGCUUCAUAUGCCUCUCUCCAUGAUUCUCUAUUUCACCACGUAAAUUGGCACGCGUUCUAUUUUGGUUUCCUGAAUUUGCUGCUGCCUGCAUCAGCUGACUGAACCAUCCCACAGGGUUUAAAGAACAGGAUAUUUCAGUCAUGGCUAAGAGUCUCCAACAUCGUGGCUGCCUCAGUCCAGAGGGGAUCAUCAGAGAGAUACAGAUCAACCUACUGGAGUGCAAAGUCUGCUUCGAGACGUUUAGCUGUCAGCAAAGGGAGCGCAGACCGCAGAACCUUUCCUGUGGCCAUGUACUCUGUCUGGAAUGCAUCACAGCUUUGUCCCACCCUCUCCUGAGGAAGCUGGAGUGCCCUUUCUGUCGACAGUUAUGCAGUGUUGACAGCACCUCCCACUGCCAGGUUCUUAGUGACCUAAAGGAUCUUCUGUUGUCUCAAAGUCCCUCACCGUCUGCUCCUCCGUGUAGAGCAAAAGCUGGUUUUAUCUUUCCCGCAGCUCUGACGUGCACAACUCUUCUCCUGCGUACUGCAUUUGGUGGGUGGGGGACUCUUAUCAACCCAACUGGAAUAGCUGUUUUGGGGUCCUCAGGAACAAUAGUUGUGGUCCAUGAUGGAGAAAAGAGAGUGGUGGUGUUCAAUCUACAGGGAAAGAAGCUGCACAGCUUUGGGCGAAAAGGAGCAGCCAGUGGGGACAUCUGUUACCCAGUGGAUGUGGCAGUGACCCCAGCUGGUCACGUGGUUGUGACUGAUGCAGGUGAUAAAGCUGUAAAAGUGUUCACAUCCAGGGGGAAUCACAUGUUGACAAUCAAAGAUUCCUUCCAGAUGCCCUGGGGCGUGGACACUGACAGUUGUGGACACAUCCUGGUCUCUGAUGUUGAGGCCGGCACUCUCUCCAAGGUGAGGGUGGACUAUAGUCACAGCGUCGUUCUAGAGCAUCAAACAACCAUUUCAGACCUUCAGUGCCCUAAAGCGGUGGCCUAUUGUUGCGUGAAUGGAAACACUGCAGUGACGGAGCAUCUAACUGAUGUCAGCAAUCCAACGGAGAGACACCAACACAGAAGGCUCAGGGUGUUUACAAAAGAGUUCCACCUCCUUUACCAGACAGACACUUUUAGCCUGACCCUGCAGUCCACAGUGAGGCUCAGCAUCUCAGGUGUGGCGUUCGACAGAGAUGGAGAUCUAAUUGUGAUUGACUCAGACCAGGGGAUGAUUUGGAGCCUAGGGAAGCUCCAGAGUGGCCCAGUCCGUACUCCUCUUGUGGGAGACCAUCUUAUUCGCCCUGUUGGAUUAACGCUACUGAACAACCUUCUCAUUACACUGGACAGUGGCGACCAUACAGUGAAGAUUUAUUCUCCCAAAUCUGAUGCUGGACCUGUGACAUAGUUUAUGUAUGAACAAUCCCAAAGUAGCUGUUCAAGUUAGACAAAUUAAAUAAAGUGAAGUGAAAUGUAGCUUAUCACAGGAUGAA